AACAUUUGAAAGAAUAUAAAACUCCCUCUUCCCUUUCUCUGUUUUUUCUUUUCUUUUAUUAUCAACUCAAGCGCAAUAUGUAUCAACCGUUUCCUGAAUCUCAUUAUUCUGUUCCCAAGUUCCCUCGUGAUGGUGGACCUAAACAAUCUUCUGGUUGCUGUAUCGUUUCUUAGAACCACUGUCACCCUUUAGUCAUAGUUUGUCACUUUUUUGUAACUCAGUGACUUUGAACUUGCUUGGUUUUCUUAUUUUUUUUUUUUUUUUGUAUUAUUUCUCUUGUCUGUCAAAUGAACCAUUCAAUAAAAGGAACUGCUGUACACGAUAGAAAGUAUGAAAAGUUCAUUCAGUGGUUAAACAGCAAUGCCUUUCCAGAAACGAAACUGGCUUUAGCCAACUUUCCGAAUACCGGCCGAGGUAUGAUGGCCACAGAAGACAUUGAAGCAGGAGAAGUUAUUGUUUCGGUACCCAAUAAUUUCUUGAUUACGGAUGAAAGCUUGAUAAAACUUUAUGGACCUCAUUCACUCAGUUCUCACCAAAUGCUGGCUUUACAUCUUGUAUUAUUAUCAAGGGACAAGCAGUCAUGGUGGAAACCUUAUGUCGAUCUGUUGCCAAUACAUUUUAACACAAUGCCAGCCAAAUACCCCAAAAUACUGUUUGAUCAUCUUCCUGCCUCUCUCAAAGAAGAGGUUCAACAACAACGAGAGAAUAUUCAUGCCGAUUAUCUGACUUGUCAGAAAUUUUUGAAAUCCAAGUUUCCGACACAGCAAGAGAUGAGCAUCAAGGAGUUUGAAUGGGCAUGGCUCUGUGUAAAUACUCGAUGUAUUCAUAUGACGCGUUCUGAUCAUUCUUCAAGUGGCGGAAGUAUUGCUCUUGCACCUAUGCUUGAUUUCCUAAAUCAUACGACUGAAGCAAAGACUGAAAGUGGAUUUAACGUGAGAACCCAGUGCUUUGAGAUUAAAACUCUGACACCUUAUAAGAAAGGGGAACAGGUGUUUAUUAACUACGGGCCUCAUGAUAACUUGGCCAUGCUGAGAGAAUACGGAUUCGUGUUGAAAGAAAAUAGCUACAACUUUGUAUUACUCGAUAAAGAAGUUUGGUCUCUUUAUUCAGAACUAGAGUCCAAAAGAGGAUUGACUAUCAAAAAGGACAUACUAGAAGGAUCAGGAUAUGCUGGAGAUUAUAGCGUCAAGAGAGGGGAAAUUUCAUUUCGUCUGAUGGCCGCAUUAAGGCUACUUGCACUGAAUGGAACAACUGAACCCGGCUUCGAUAGACGUGUCAUGGAUUGGCACGAUGUAGUCAUGGGCCAAGAUGAUAUGAUCAGUGUCGAUAAUGAAAGAAGAGCCUAUAUUAUGCUUCAGUCUAUAUGUAAACGUGUAACCAAACAAGCAAAGGAUGAACUUGAAUUCCUUUCGGUAGGUCAUAACAAUAUACCCUUCAUAUGAUACUCAUACAAUGUCCGUAGACAAUUUCAAAGACACAUCCUC